CAUCCACCCGGGAAAUUGUUCCUCAGGAGCUGGCCACCUUGGUUUUUAGACAGGGUAUCUCACUGACCUGGGAUUGGCCUGAUGUGGCUAGAUUGCUGGCCAAGGGGCUUGAAGGUUCCUUGUCUCUACUCCUCCCAGAGUUCCUCCUGACUGCUGCCCACCCAGCACUGGGGUUGCAAGUGUGUGCCACCACGUGUCUCUUUGAAAAUGUGGGUUCCGGGGAUCAAACUCAGGUCAUUGUGCUUGCAAGGCAAACAAUUUACCAACUGAGCCAACUCCCCAGUUUGACUGGCUCACGUCUUCCAGUCCUUGGGGGUCAAGAAUGAACCGCCUGACUCCCACCCAAUGCUGUCUCUCACACGCCUCCCCUAGUACUCUGUGCCAUUGUUGAUGGCGGUGUGACAUCAUGGCCACAUGAAGAUGGGAAAGUCGGUUUACUGGGUUAGGCCCCAGCCAUCAUCGCCAAGCUGGGAGUGGUGGGACUCCAAUUAAGGCUCAAGUUUUAUGUGAGAUCUGAAAUGGCUGAGCCCCUCCCAAGAAGCAUUUACUAGAAUAAUUCUGUAGACUGACUCACUGAGGUAGGCUCUUUCCUCCAUGAUGGGAGGAGCUGACAUCUGGCCUUCACCGCUCUCAAUUGCCUGCUCUUCAAGGUGGGAGGCUCUACUUAGGCCUCUGUGAACUUUGCUCGCUUGGAAGCCUAGCAAUAGGUGUUUGGGGACCUGAGAUUUGCCCCUGCGAUGUGUCACCCACCCAGGAAGGAACAGAUUUCUUAGACUUCUCUCCUAUUCUCUAAGUGUUGGGUCUGACAUCCUCCCUCCAGCAAUGCUUUUGGGUCUCACAAAACCCCACAUUCGUUCUGACUUUCCUCCCCUCACUAUCUAUGGCAAGCAGUUACUUCUGCCAGCUGCCCUUCCCCUGCUAUUCCUCCAUCUGGUAGACGUCACCUCCUAGAAGAUUCCAUCGGAUUGUGAUUUCCGUUUUCUGUCCUCUUGUCCUUUGCUAUUGAUAUUUAAUCAGUGGUCUCCAGAACUCAAGUCUGGUUCCCCACCCGCCUGUUGCCCAUUCAUCUUCACAGCUCACUGGCACCCCAGAGAGAGGCAGUUAUAAUUAUGACUCAGACAAAAGGCUUUCCAGCCUAAAUAAGCCCUGACAAAUGCUAGGGGAACUCAUGCUCCAGGCUGGGGAGUGAAGUGGGCGGGGCAGACCCUAGUGUUUCCAGGCUACUCAGAACCUCAGUGAGCUCUGGAGGGAAGAAGAUCUGAGAUAAGCUGUGACACCUGUCCUCAUCUCUCAUGACCCUUGUCAUUCAGGGGUCCUGGGAGCUCGGGUGGCCAUCACUGGAACUUUGACAAUGCCUUGACCUCAUUGGUGGAUCACACCCAGCUCCUCCCCUUCCCCAGCCUUUCCAUUUGGAUCUCAGUGCCUGGUUCCUCCUGGUCCCAGCGCCUGAGAGAGCUUUCUGCCCACACAGUAGCACCUUCCCGCAUUCACCGGCAGGGUCUGACUGGACCACUGUCUUCCCAGCACUUAGCACUGUCUGAAAUGUGAGCUCCUGGUCUGCAGCUGUGUCCAUUGUCUGUUCUUUACAGUCUUCACAGGUACCAUGACGCAACAGCCCCAGGAGGACUUUAACAGAAGUGUGGAGGAUGCCCGGGCGUGGAUGAAGGUGGUGCAGGAACAGCUUCAGGUCAAUGACAACACACAGGGACCCCGAGCAGCCUUGGAGGCACGGUUGCGAGAGACAGAGAAAAUCUGCCAGCUGGAGCCUGAGGGGCGCAUGAAGGUGGAACUGGCCCUUCGGGCAGCUGAGGCCCUUCUGGCAAUCUGUCAGGAGGGCCAGAAGCCUGAGAUCCUGGCCCAGCUGAGGGAUAUCAAGUCCCAGUGGGAGGAGACGGUCACCUACAUGACUCACUGCCACAGUCGCAUUGAGUGGGUGUGGCUACAUUGGAGUGAGUAUCUGCUGGCCCGGGAUGAGUUUUACCGCUGGUUCCAGAAGAUGGUGGUCACACUGGAGCCCCCUGUGGAGCUGCAGCUGGGCCUGAAGGAGAAGCAAUGGCAGCUGAGCCACGCCCAGGUAUUGCUGCACAAUGUGGCCAAUCAGGCCGUGCUCCUGGAUAGGCUGCUGGAGGAGGCAGGCUCCCUGUUCAACAGGAUCGGGGACCCCAGUGUGGAUGAAGAUGCCCAGAAGAAGAUGAAGGCUGAGUACGAUGCUGUGAAGGCCAGAGCCCAGCAUAGGGUGGACCUCCUGGCCCAGGUGGCCCAGGAGCAUGAGCAGUACCGGGAGGAUGUGAACGAGUUCCAGCUGUGGCUGAAGGCGGUGGUGGAGAAGGUUCACAGCUGCCUGGGGCGGAACUGCAAGCUGACUACGGAGCUUCGCCUCUCUGCACUGCAGGACAUUGCCAAGGAUUUCCCUAGGGGCCAGGAGUCUUUGAACAGGUUGGAGGAGCAGGCUGAGGGUGUCAUUCGGAACACCUCUCCCUUGGGUGCGGAGAAGAUCUCCGGGGAGCUGGAGGAGAUGCGGGGCAUCCUGGAGAAGCUGAGAGUCCUCUGGAAUGAGGAGGAAGAGAGGCUGCGGGACCUGCUCCAGGCCAAGGGGGCCUGUGAGCAGCAGAUCCUGAGACUGGAGAUGGAGCUGGGAGAGUUCAAGAAAAGCCUCCAGAGAUUGGCCCACGAGAGCUUGGAGCCCGUGAUGAAGACAGCCACAGAUGAUGAGCUGGUGGCCCACUGGAGGCUGUUCUCGGGGACACGGGCUGCACUGGCUUCAGAGGAGCCCCGUGUAGACCGGCUACAAACUCAACUGAAGGAACUUGUCACUUUCCCCGACCUGCAGUCUCUUUCUGACAGCGUGGUAGCUGCCAUUCAGGAAUAUCAAAGUCUGAAAGGAAAGAACAACAGGCUCCACCACGCAACUAGGGCAGAGCUGUGGCAGCGUCUGCAGCGGCCCCUCAAUGACCUGCAGCUGUGGAAGGCCCUGGCCCAGAGGCUCCUGGAUGUCACCACCAGCCUGCCGGACCUGCCCUCCGUUCACACCUUCCUACCGCAGAUUGAGGCGGCGCUAGCGGAAAGCUCCCGCCUGAAAGAGCAACUGGCGAUGCUGCGGCUGAAGACGGACUUGCUGGGCAGCAUCUUCGGCCAGGAGAGAGCAGCCGCUCUCCUGGAGCAGGUGGCAAGUUCCGUGAGGGACAGAGACUUACUGCAUAACAGCCUUCUGCAGACGAAGAGCAAACUGCAGAGCCUGCUCGCCCAGCACAAAGACUUCGGGGUGGCUUUUGACCCCCUCCACAGGAAGCUCCUAGAUCUCCAAGCCAGGAUCCAAGCAGAGAAAGGGCUUCAGCGGGACCUUCCUGGAAAGCAGGUCCAGCUCUUAAGGUUGCAGGGCCUGCAGGAAGAGGGACUCGAUCUGGGGACACAGAUAGAGGCUGUGAGGCCUCUUGCCCAGGGGAACUCUGACCACCAACACAAAGUGGACCAGAUUUCCUCUGACCAGCAAGCCCUGAAGAGGUCUCUGGAGGACCUUGUGGACAGUUGUCAGCAGAGCGUGCGGGAGCACUGCACCUUCAGCCACCGGCUGUCAGAGCUUCAGCAGUGGGUCACCGUGGUCACACAGACGCUGGAGUCACACCAAGGGGAUGUGCAUAUGUGGGACGCUGAGACCCAGGAGACUGGACCUGAGAGGCUGCUGGCUGAAAUUCCAGAGAGAGAGGUCCAGAUGUCCCUGCUCCAAGCACUGGGCCAGCUUGUGAUGAAGAAGUCUUCCCCAGAGGGAGCGGCCAUGAUCCAGGAGGAUCUGAGGAAGCUGGUGGAAUCCUGGCAGGCUCUGCGGCUGCUAGAGGAGAAUCUGCUGAGUCUCAUCAGAAACCAGCAGCUGCAGAGGUCAGAGGUGGACACGGGGAAGAAACUCGUCUUCACCAACAACAUCCCAAAGGCCGGCUUUCUCAUCGACCCCCGGGACCCCAUUCCCAGACGGCGGCAUGGGGCAAACCUACUGGAAGAACAUGACCUCCAUGAAGAUCACUCCCAGCUCCUAAGGGACUUUGAACAGUGGCUGCAGGCAGAAAACUCCAAGCUACUUGGAAUCAUCACAAUGAGAACAGCCACAGCCAAGGACUUGAGGACCAAAGAGAUGAAGCUGCAGGAGCUGGAGGCUCGAAUCCCAGAAGGCCAGCGUCUCUUCGAGAACCUGCUCCGUGUCAGGCCAGCAAGGGACCCCGGUGAGGAGCUGGAAGAUUUGCGCUAUCGUUGGAUGCUGUACAAGUCCAAGCUCAAGGAUUCCGGCCACCUGCUGACACAGACGUCUCCAGGGGAGCUGACUGCAUUCCAGAAGGUGGCAGUCAUCAUUAUACCCACCUCGAGAUGGAGAGUUUUGAUUGGCCACCUCAGGAUUCUCAAGUCGGCAGCAGAGGCGGUGGCGGAAUCCCUGCUCUCUCCUACAGAAAGCGUGCCGCGUGGCGCUACCGUUGCAGCUGCUGCUCCUGCUCUUUCUUCUCCUGCUCUUCCUGCUGCCGGCCGGCGAGGAGGAGCGCAGCUGCGCCCUGGCCAACAACUUCGCCCGCUCCUUCGCACUCAUGCUUCGUUACAACGGCCCGCCACCCACCUAGCCCACCGGGGCAUACAGGUGACCUUCAGCAGUCCCUCUGAGGCUGGCUGCCUGGGGAAGCUGGACAGACUAGACACCCAGAACAGCCUCAGUCUAAAUGCUGCAUCUGUUCCCAGAACAAACCUGCUUUUUCUACGAUGUCAUUUCUGUCUAUUUAUACUAAAUGUGUACUGUGUGUGGUUAGAGGCAAAUGUACAGAAUUUUUAUAUGCCGUGUGUGUGUGUGUGUGUGUGUGUGUGUGUGUGUGUGUAUGUGUGUGUAUAUAUAUGUGUGUAUGCUCAGUGUGGCUGACUUCAGAUACAAAGUCGCUUUGUGCCUGAGGAAGCCCCCAGCGGUGCGCUUCCAUAAUGGGAUUGGUGACACCCGUGCCUUAGCUCCCUGCCAUCCCUGGAAGGAGAAAUCACGCAUUGCUUUUAUGAUGACCUGUCUCCCAGGAAUCCAGAUGUCAGCGCAGAAGAUUGUGAGCCGUGAGUGUAGCUGAACAGAACCCGAGCCCCGGGCUCUCUUGCAUGUGUGCUAGAUCGUGCUAGAUCAAGAGACGCGGUGAUGGCCGGGCACAGCACACCCCAAGCACUGAGCCCUCACAAGUGACAGAGGGAUACCGGGAGAGGAGCAGAAUUGAAAAGAACUGACGAGGCCCACAGAGUAAUGAUGCUUAGUGCCCUGCCCCCACACAGCAGCCACUGAUAACACAGACCAGCAAGGAAUGCCUGUGACCAUGACUGUGACCCCGUGUCUUCAGGAAGUGGCCAGGGUGUUGUUUGUGUUUUCUCUAGGAGAAAGAAAAUGGAAGGUGAACCUGACUUUUUAUUCCUAUGCACAGGGCUAAGCACAUUGCCAGUGGCCUAUGCCAGUCCCAGGAGGCCUGUGACAUCGAUGUCAUUGGUCAGUCUACAGGUUAGGGCGUGAACUGAGGGCAGAGUGGAAACACUAGCCCACACAAGGCAGAGAGGAAAAGACUCGGCCCAUCUGACAGGGUUUCUCUUCCCACCCAAGAAGGAACUCUGCAGGUUGGUGGAGUCUAUAGGGCUGGGCAAGUACUACACCACCACCCCCACUCCCGCACCCCCAAGCCCCCUCGAUGGCCCCAGGACUCACAGUCUAGCCCCAGGCAGGAGCGAGCAAGGUGAGCUCUAGGCAUGUAUGGGAGGCAUCUGGGGUGACUCCGGGCUAUGCCCAAGGCUGGAAACAUGGCCAGGGAAUUCUGGGAUGAUGCCUAAGUGGGUUAAAACUGGAUCAGGUUUGCCCUAAACUGACACUUUUUUUUUUCUUUUAGAAAGUUCUUAAUGCCCCCUUUUGACAGAUGGAAUUUGUCUGUUAGGUGAGGGUGCCCUCAGGCCUUGUCAUCAGAUAUACAACUACAGUGUUAAAGACCCAAAGAAGCACUUUAAACACAGCCAAUACUGAGGCCCUAGGAGGGACCCGGCUCUAAGGUCACCACCUUAUACACACACACCAAGUCCCUCCCAAGCUGGCAUCAGGCUACACCAUGUCUGGUUUCAUCUUAGUGCAGUACCUAGGAAAGGCUGGGCAUUGGCAAGCAGGAAUGUAGUGCCUUGGGACUUGUUACUAAACCACAACCCCCCCACCUCCCAGCCCCCUACCCCGUACCUUCCCACCUAGCUGGGAAAUUAGGGGCUGGUGAACCCUGACCUCAGACCCAGGUAUAGCCAAGUUCUGAUGCUCACUAAAACCAUUGGCCCACCACUCGGCCAGAACUGUGACAAAGGAUAUCUGUACUUCCUUUUCUACCAGCCCAUUUCACAGGUGAGGCUCAGAGAAGGAAAGCCACUUACCCAUAGCCACAUAGCAGUGAGUUGGUUACCACAGUCUUCAGGUGAUAUUGUGUUUGUUAUAGCACAACCUCCCCACAGCUCCCCUCCCAGGAGGAACAGAGCUAGUGCAUGUCAGAGAGGGAGAGCCUGCCCAACAGGUGUGAGUCCUGGGUUCCAUCCCCAGAACUUAAGCGAAAAGCAGAAAAGAGAGCUUUUUCCUAUGAAUGCAGUCAUGUCUCAUGGUAAAUGCUUGGGACGGUGAAAACUGCAUUAUGUGGGUGGCGGGGUGGCAGGGAACAUGCCUGUAUUUAUGUGGGUGGCAGGGAACAUGCCUGUAUUUAUAUGGGUGGUGGGGAACAUGUAUGUAUAUUUUUAAUUAUCGAUAAUCACACUGUGGAUUGCUUAUUUGCAUAACUUUUUAACAGAGGGGGCUGAUGUUUUUAUUACUUUCACAUGAAUAUAGCUGGAAUAUGACAUACUAGCCAUUUCUGAAUGCUUUUCAGACAUAACUUCUUUUGCUUAAAGUGGGUAUGGACACCUGCUACUGUGAUGUUGCCUCCUAGCCAAUUACCAUAGAGAAUUGGAAAGUGUUCCUGGGGAGAAGUAUUGGAGCUUAAAAAGCUUUAAAAGUC